UAUUAUCAACAGCGCAAUCUCCUGAUAUUCUGAUUGGUCCUGAGGAUACAUUGACAUAUGUAGGGGAGACAGUGGUGAUGAAAUGUACAGUAUCAAGUGGACAACCUACAUGGUUUAGAGUGGUACCUGGUAGCAGUGACAUGCAGUUAUCAGAUGGAACAUCAGUAUUGGCUCCCUACCAGAUAGUAGGAGACCAUUCCAAUGGUGAAUACUUUCUACAGAUACCAAGUGUUCAAGUCAGUGAUUCACACACAUAUCAGUGUGCGCUCUUCAAUGCAAAUCCACCAUAUAAACAAGCAUCUAUGACAGUUAUAG